CCGCUGGACCCUGCCCGUCCCAGGGACGCGGGGGAGGUGACCUCUGCCCGGGUUAAACAGGGCAGGGCGCAGGAGGAGGUGGCCUUGCGGCAGCGCCGAGCACCUGCGCUCGCGAAGUCACGGCAAGGUCAGGGUGUCAGAGACUACGCCGUCCCCCAGCGCCGUCCUCGGGAGAAUGCAGCUGGUCACUACAUUUCCCCCUUCCAUGACAUCCCUCUCAAGGUCGAUGCUGAAAAGGAAAAAGGCAUCCCUACCAAGAAAGCAAGAAGUGAUGGUGAUGAGAAUUUGCUUCAUAUGGUCGUAGAAGUGCCUCGGUGGACCAAUGCUAAAAUGGAGAUUGCCACAGAGGAGCCCCUGAAUCCCAUUAAGCAGGACAUGAAGCGCGACAAGCCCCGCUACGUGGCCAACGUUUUCCCUCACAAGGGAUAUAUAUGGAAUUACGGCGCGCUCCCUCAGACUUGGGAAGAUCCUCAUCAUAGAGAUAAGAACACAGGCUGCUGCGGAGAUAAUGAUCCCAUUGAUGUUUGUGAAAUAGGCUCAAAGGUUCUUUCUCGCGGAGAGGUUGUCCCGGUGAAGAUCCUUGGUGUCUUGGCACUCAUUGAUCAAGGUGAAACAGAUUGGAAAUUGAUUGCUAUCAAUGCAAACGAUCCCGAAGCCGACAAGUUUCACGAUAUUGAUGAUGUCAAGAAGUACAAGCCAGGGUACCUGGAAGCUACCAUCCAUUGGCUGAAAUUUUAUAAGGUGCCGGAGGGGAAGCCAGAAAACAACUUCGCUUUUAAUGGAGAAUUCAAAGACAAGGCUUUUGCUCUGGACAUCAUUAAGUCUACUCAUGAAUGCUGGAAAGCGAUGCUUAUGAAGAAGUGUGAUGCAGGGGCAAUAAAUUGCACAAACUCCCAGGUGUGUGACAGCCCUUUCCGUUGCACUCAAGAGGAAGCGAGAUCACUGGUUGAAUUGGUCUCACCGGCUUCCCCGAGUAGAGAAAGCGAUGGAGAAGAGCAAGUGUGGCACUUCCUUGGCAAAUGACCCGGACAUUUGAAGCCGGCCGUCAAGAUUUCACCCUCGGAGACCCUCCAACACCCUCCAAGACCCCUUUUUCUUCAGUGAUUGAGACAGGCAGGGCUGCAGGGUGUUUGCUGCCUUCUUGCUCAAGCAUCAUUGUUUUCAAGCUUUUGAGAUGCGCAAUAUGUAAAUAAACAUCCCAAGUUUUGAAUUUG